GGGAGACAGAGAGAGAGACUAUCGCGGCUCUGCAGCUCCCCCGCCCCUCAGGACUGUGUGGUCCUGGGACUUGAACCUGGGCCAGUUGCACAGCAAGGCAGGAGCGCUGCCCAGUGAGCCGCCUCUCCGGCCCCCCCCAGGUUAUUCAUGCAGAAACUAGGGGGCCGUGAAAAGCUGACAACGCCCUCACCGCCAUGGGCCACCGGAGGAGGGGAGUCUCCCAGGCUCCCCCCACCCCCAGGACGCCCUUGAUCCCAGGAGCCUUCAGAGAUGAAGACAGACGAGCCCAGAGGCCGCCGCCCGCUCUGUGGUCUUCUCACCGACCGCGCUGCUUCUCCCCGAAGGCCGUUGGCCGGUUCUGCAACGUCUCCUGCGCCCGGCAGGCACAGGCCCACCGCAGCCCCACACCGAAUAAGGGACGCGGAGAGUAAAAGGCUGAGGCCUGGGGCGGCCCUGGGCUGGGGCUCUGCUGUCCUCAGGUGGGGCUGCGGGGAGUUCCGUGGCAGUUGGAAGACGAAGGCCAUGGACUCCAAGGAGGAGCCGGAGGCGCCUCAGCAGUGCAUCCUGACCUUCCAUAAUCCCAAGGUCUCCAAGGUCAAGGGGGACAGGAGGUACCAGCAGGCGACCCUCCCCACCAACACACACCCGAGUGCAGUGAUGGCCCCCGAGAAGCGGCAGCAGCUGGUGGACCAGACGCAGACCUACGUGCGCAUGCUGAGCGGCAGCCUGUGCGGCUUCAGCUUCCUGGUGCUCGUCUGCGUGUCCCCCAUGAACUGGGUGCUCUUCCUGGUCACCAGCGAGGGCCUGGAGCUGCACUCGGGGCUCUGGGUCUCCUGCAGCCAUAAACUGUGUUGGAUGCACAUGCCCGAGAUUCUGUACUACCUGCACCUGUCUCGGCUCUUCUUCAUCUUCUCCAUGGUCACCAUCAUCAUCUACUUCAUUCUCCUCUUGAGCUCUUGCCUCCCAAGAAGAGGCUUUGUCAUCUCCAGCCUGGACCUGAAGCUCUCCCUGCUCAGCCUCACCUCAGCCCUGUGGCUGCUGGUCUGCCUCAUCCUGUUUCUACAGCAGGCUCGUGAGCACUCGGAGGGCACCAUGGAGUCGCAGUUCCUGUGGCCCUACCACGGGAGCUGGUGUGCCGACUUCCUCUACACCUUUGCCGGUGCGUCCGCCUGCCCGUGCCCGGCAUUGUCGGAACCCAACCCUGGAAGUGGGCUCAUGUCCUUCCUCAACCACAGAGACACCAGCACGCCGCCCCUGGACCACAAGGCUUUUGUGAUCCCCACGGAGCAGACGCGGCUGGGCGUCGGGCCGGUGCCUGAGGAGCCGCCUGUCCAAGAGGAGAUGGUGAAUGUUGAGGUGGAGGCCAGUGACAGGAAGAGGCAGAACAACGACAAAGCCAAGCUGGCCAAGACCACUGCGAAGAUCAAUAAGUCCGCCUUCCGCCUGAGCCAGAAGCCGCUGAUCAGGAAGAAGAGCUUGAAGUGACUGUGGACCCCAGGACCCUCCCCCCAGCCGAUCCCAGGCACGGAGGCCCCACAUUAAAGCAGAGGCAGUGUCCCCUCGU